AUGACGUAUUCUUCAGACACAAUCGAUGUCGGACGCUUUCUAGUUCCCUUUGCCAGACCGGCAUCAGCACUGCACUACCGCGUGUCCUCAGCGACCUUGUUAGCAAUGCUGCCCUUGCAACAACGGCCCACUAUAAUUCGUAUCGGGUUCUAUCUGUUGUACCCGAGUCUGAAUAUCUCGGAUCUGUUCAUGGAGCUUGGUAAGCACAUGUCGCGCGGCUCCACAGCGGGAUGCCACAGCCAAGGAAACACGACACGGUACGGGACCCAGCCAGGACGAACCAUGGAAGCGACCUCGGGACGCACGAACGUCGUAAAUGGGACAAUGAUCUUCCAUUCCGGACCCAGACAGAACCACAUGGCUCCUACAACUCUACGAGUAUACCUGUUUUUCGGAUGUACCACAUACCAUGCUGCGGAGGCUCCGCACGCCAAGUUAGUCCCCGUACCUAUUACACCGAGUAUUGCCGAACCGAAUUCUUCCAACGCCAAUAGCUCGCCGUGA